GAGGAGUUAGUCCCUUGGGAUAAAAGUCUCCAUGGAGAGAGAGACAGUCAGUGUGAACAGAGACAGAAGAACAGAACACAUCAACUACAAGAACCUACAAGAACCAACAGAAGCUCCUCCUUCAGUCUCCUGAUCUGUUGAGAUGUUCUGGCUCAGGAUGACUUCUUGUCUGUUGUCCCUCCUCUUCCCUUUGGUGUCCUCCAUCAUGGCCUCUGCUCAACACGCCGGCUGCAAAAUCCGCAUCACUGACAAAGGAUUGGAGAUGUUGAAAUUUGAGACUCAGAAGUUUGUUGAAGAGGAGCUGAGUAACAUCAGUAUGCCAGAGAUGAAGGGCAAAGAAGGACGCUUCCAGUACACCAUUACUGAUGUGAAGAUAACUGAAUUGAAUCUGACUCACGCUGAGCUGCAGUUCAUCCCUGAUGUCGGUUUGCUGUUCGAUGUUCAAAACUCAUCAAUCUCGCUGAGUUUCCACCGACGGAUCCUCUACUGGUUCUUUUACGACACAGGAAACAUCAACGCGUCGGCGGAAGGAGUGAACAUCAACACGGUUCUUAAUCUGAUCAGAGACGAUGAAGGACGACUGAAGAUCAAUAACAUCACCUGUGAUGCCAAUAUCGACAAAAUGAAGGCAAAGUUCAGCGGCACACUCGGGAGAGUUUAUGGCUUCCUGGCCAGCUUUCUGACAUCAGGCAUGCGCUUCCUCCUCAACAAACAGAUCUGUCCUGCUCUGGAUCAUGCCGCUCUGGUUCAUGUGAACUCCCUGUUGGAGACGAUCCCUGUGAGGACAGAGGUUGAUCAGUUUAUUGGGAUCGAUUAUUCUCUGAUCGAUGAUCCGGUAGUGGAGUCAAGGAGCCUCGACAUGCACUUCAGGGGGAUGUUCUUUGACCUGUUGGAUCCAAAUGACACGUUGGCGAACUAUGCCGUCGACCCGGUCAUUAAAGAGUACGACAGGAUGGUUUACCUCGCUCUGUCCGAGUUCUUCUUCGACAGCGGGAUGUUUGCUUACUUCAAAGCUGGAAUCUUCCAGAUGAACAUCAUCAACGAGAAGAUGCCCAAAGACUUAGAGAUGUUGUUGAGAACCACCUACUUUGGAACGAUCAUGAUGAUGAACCCAGCUUUGAUGGAAGCUCCGCUCUCUCUGGAGCUCGCCGUCAACUCACCUCCAAAAACCACCAUCAAGACAUCUGGAGCGACGGUCGUCAUGACAGCCAUCGUCAAGGUGUUUCUGCUGCCUCCAGGUCAGCCUCCGAUCCAGCUUAGCAGCAUGACCAUGGAAACAAAGUUUAACGCUAAAGUUUCUAUGAAGGGAAAACGUCUGGCUGUUCAUGCUGACCUCCGCAGGUUUAAAAUCUUCUCCAAUCAAUCAGCACUGGAAUCUCUGGCAUUGAUUCCUCUGCAGGCUCCUCUAAAGACGAUGUUGCAGAUAUCUGUCGUUCCUUUAAUCAACAACUGGACAAAGAGAGGAGUUCGGAUCCCUCUGGCUGAUGGGAUGGAUUUCAUUGAGGAGGUAGUUGAAUAUCACAAUGGUUUCCUCGUGAUCGGAGCGAAUCUUCACUUCAGCAAAGGCCUGAGAGAAAUGAUCGCAGCAGGGAACAAUCAGACAGAAUCAGUCACCGAUGCCGUCUAAACAUAUGCAGUAUGUGUAGAAUACACGCACACACACGCACUCACACACAUACAAUGUGAAUAUAUAAUACUAUGUGUGAACAUAUAUAACAAUAUGUGAAUAUGUACAAACACGUCAAAGGACUGAGAGAAAUGAUCACAGGGAACAGUCAGACAAACAGCAUGUAUAAUAUAUUUGACACCGUGUGAAUAUAUGUAUAACACAGAGACAGUGAUGUAUACAAAACAUAAAGUAUAUAUUGAUGCUGUGUAAAACAUAUAUAAAUAUAUAUAUAAAGUAUAUUUAUAUAUAGGACUAUAUAUAUAAAUAUAUAUAUAUACACAGUAUAUAUACACACACACACCCAUACACACUAGGGAUGCACUGAUACCAUUAUCAGGUAUCGGGUCCAAUACCGUACUCAUGUACUUGUAAUCGUAAAACUACUCCAAUACAACCACAUCCAAUACGACUUUACGGCAACGCAACGUUAACCGACAAGAUUAGUGCCUUGCAUGCAGGGGUGCUGUGGUUGAAGUGCCUAAUAAGGCGCCCAGUUUCAGCGAUAACCAGCUGCACAAACUGCUUUGGUAAACCCAUCGCGGAAACUCCAUCAUUCACCGCCAGCUGCAGUGUAUGUGCAAAACAGGCAACUGGGUCCCCUAGUUUACCCUUCCGGGAGAGUUAGCAGCCAUGAUGUUGUGUGCAUUGUCGUGGACACGUGCAAGGUGGGCUCACGUUUAAGGUGGACCUGCUAUUCUCCAACAUGGUGACAAGCCAUGCCUCUGAGUUUUCAGCUUUUUUUAUUUUUAAUAUUUUAUUGGUUAAUUGGUUAAUUAACACCCCUACUGAAAACUGUGCUGUUUGUAUCAGGAAAAAACAGUUUAAUGUUAAACUGUUAGCAAAAGCAUCAUGUUGUAUACUUAAUUUGUUGCAGUCAGAAAGUGAGGAACAUCUGAUUAAAGUAAAACAUAUUUCAUAUCACAUAUCAUUGGUAGAACUGUAAUGGUAUUAUUAACUACUACUCAUAUUGGUAUUUGAUAUCGGCAAGCAGCCAAAUGUAAGUAUGAGUACUGAACUGAAAAAAAGUGGUAUCGGUGCAUCCCUAAUAUACAAUAUAUAUAUGUAUAUAUAUAUAUACAUAUAUAUACACACAUACUGAAUUUUAAAUACAAGCCCUCCUUGUUUACAUUCAUGUUUACUUGCUAACAGUCUUUACUACUCUGCCUGUUCUUGUGCAUUGCUGUGUUUCUUUUACAUUUAAAUACCUGUGGAUCAGUGGAUUAGUGUGAAACCAGCAAUGGUGGAAAAAGUAAAUCCUUUACUUAAGUAAAAGUACUAAUACCACACAAAACAUACUCCACUACAAGUAAAAGUCCUGCAUUCAAAACCUUAAGUAAAAGUAUGCAAGCACUGUCAGCAAAAUGUACUUAAAGUAAAAGUGAUCUUUGUUCAGUAAAAUGUUCCCUGUCAGUGUUUACUAUUAUAUGUGAUGUUUCUGAAUUAAUAUUACUGCUGCAUUAUGUGUCCGUUGCAUUAUUGCUGAUAUAACUGUGGGGAAAAUAAUUAAAGCAAAUUAAGCCUUAUCAUGCAUGAUACAUAA